GAAGACGGCUAUCUAGCCUACGACAGUAGAGGGGAAACUCUAGUUUCAAUAUAUUGGGUUUUCAUUAUUGCGUGGAAGCUUGUGUCGGCCAGUCAUUCCUAAAACACAAUGAUAAGCAUAAUUGCAUUCUCUAAAAGGGGCAUGCACACCCAUCUGGGCGCCAUUUUGAGCCCUACUAAACAAUCGUCUAUUAGGAUGAUAAAUCUCGGUUCCGGAACCCUAGCUGGAGUAAACAACCACCACUGGCAAGUGUCCCUAACAUGCUCGAGCAUUUGAUGAGCCAUUACCCCAUAUGAAAUGUCUCCUGGAGAUCGGGCUUCUCGUGGGAGACGAU